CGGUCCGUCCGUCCCGUCCCGUCGCCGGCAUGAGCUCCACGCAGUUCAACAAGGGGCCCUCCUAUGGGCUUUCGGCCGAGGUCAAGAACCGGCUCCUGUCCAAAUACGACCCUCAGAAGGAGGCAGAACUCCGCAGCUGGAUCGAGGGACUCACGGGCCUGUCUGUCGGCCCCGACUUCCAGAAGGGUCUGAAGGAUGGGAUUAUCCUGUGCACACUCAUGAAUAAGCUGCAGCCGGGCUCAGUCCCCAAGAUCAACCGCUCCAUGCAGAACUGGCACCAGCUAGAGAACCUCUCCAACUUCAUCAAGGCCAUGGUCAGCUACGGCAUGAACCCUGUGGACCUGUUCGAGGCCAACGACCUGUUUGAGAGUGGGAACAUGACGCAGGUGCAGGUGUCUCUUCUCGCCCUGGCAGGGAAGGCCAAGACAAAGGGGCUGCAUAGUGGCGUGGACAUUGGCGUCAAGUACUCAGAGAAGCAGGAGCGGAACUUCGACGACGCCACCAUGAAGGCCGGCCAGUGUGUCAUUGGGCUCCAGAUGGGCACCAACAAGUGUGCCAGCCAGUCGGGCAUGACAGCGUACGGCACGAGAAGGCAUCUGUAUGACCCCAAGAACCACAUCCUGCCGCCCAUGGACCACUCGACCAUCAGCCUGCAGAUGGGCACCAACAAGUGUGCCAGCCAGGUGGGCAUGACGGCUCCCGGCACUCGGCGGCACAUCUAUGACACCAAGCUGGGGACCGACAAGUGUGACAACUCCUCCAUGUCUCUGCAGAUGGGCUACACGCAGGGCGCUAAUCAGAGCGGCCAGGUCUUUGGCCUGGGCCGGCAGAUCUAUGACCCCAAGUACUGCCCACAGGGCUCAGUGGCUGAUGGGGCUUCAGGGGCUGCGGGCGACUGCCCCAGCCCAGGGGCGGCCCCGGAGUACCCCCCCUACUACCAGGAGGAGGCUGGCUACUGAGGCACCUGUGCAGGGUGUCUCCCCACAUCAUCGCCGCCAUAUGAGUUUUCAGGUUUUUCCGUGUUUUCAUCUUGUUUUUCUGGGUGCCCAAGUGCUUCCAGCUGAGGGUCUGUGGGGGUGGAGCGAAGGCCGGAUCCAGAUGCAUGUGGGGUGGGGGGCCCUGACAGGGCCCAUCCAGGCAGCAAAUUUCCCAGCAGGCUUUGGGCUGAGCUGUGUGGGUGGGGUUGGGGGACUGGGGGGAGUGAAGAAGAAACCUGGGCAGGGAUGGGGAACUGGCCCCAAAUGGCUUCCGGUUGCUUUUCCCUUCUUCCCUUUUCUCUGCCGAUCAGUUUGUGGUUUCUGUCCCCACAGGUCAGGUAGUUUAAAUGAAAGUCUUUUUUUUUUUUUUUCAGGGGAAUGGGGUGGGGAUGGUGCAGUGGGGGUGCUGGGAAGGAAGUAGGUCCCCUGGGAAAAGACCAGGCUACAGUCCCGAGAUAUUUUAGGCAUUGUGAGGGACUGGAUUUCCCCAAGACCUGCCUAGGGGCCCAGUGGGGAAACUGAGGCCCAUACAGGACGACGGAGUCUAACUGGUUGAGGCCAAGCCAGACCCUCCCUUUCCUUACUUGUCCCCUCUCCCCUACCGAGUACUGCACAAGAGCCCCCCCACCCAGAGGCCCUCCGGGGACCAGCCCUACCCAGGAGCACUGGGACCAAAAAAAUAAUGUGAAAUACCAACUGUGGACCAAAGGCAAUAAAAACCUCUUUUUAGGGACAA